AUGGAAUAUAAAAAUAUAUUAGACAUGGAUUUCGAAAUUUUUAUGAAAAUUAAAAACAUCCUUGAAGAUAGGAAUUUAAGAGAAUCCUUUCUUGAAGUUUUGCCACCAGGAUUUUGCAGACCAGGAGGUCUCAAAAGACAAGUCACGCGGUUGCUAUCAUUUAUAGGAAGUGAUAUGGACUCUACGGAAAUCGAAUGCAAACUUGAACAUGUGCAAGCUCUAAAAACCAAAUUGGAGCAGCUGAGAUUGGAUUACUAUUCAGUGCUGAACAAUGAGGAAUUGGACGAAAAUGAAACGAUUUUCAUUGAACUCGAAGAAGAAUUAGAAAAAAUAGAAGCCGCCCUCAAGCGCAAGUUCAAGCAGCUCAACAACAAUAGUUCCCGCUCCUUUAAUGAUGGACCACCUAACUCAACAAUCAGUAUCCGGCUUCCCAAAAUAUCACUUCCAAAAUUUAACGGCAAAUAUGAAGAAUGGUUCCUCUUCAAGGAACAAUUUAACUCCAUCAUCAAUUGUAACUCUUCCCUCUCGGAUUCACAAAAACUGUAUUACCUGAAAUCAUCACUUAUCGGCCGCGCCAAAGAAAUAGAAACAAUAGAUUAUACCUACCAGUCCCUGUGGAAGGCCUUGACUGAGAGGUUCGAAAAUAAGAGACUAAUUGUGAACAGUCAUAUACAGGAGCUGUUAAACAUCCAGAAAAUAACUCAUGAGUCAGCAGAUGAGCUGAGAAAUCUUGUGGACAAGAUUCACAAGCAUCUGCGAGCCCUCCAGCUAAUUUAUCUGCAAUGUAAUGAUUUUACAGAAGUUUUACUCCUCAACAUAUUUCUUCAAAAGGUGGAUGCAGAAUCACGAAGGCAAUUUGAGAUCUCCUUAACCUCUACAGACCUCCCAAAAUGGAGCAAUUUUGUUCAACUCUUAGAAAAGAGGCAUCAUUUUUUGGAGAACUCUCAAAUUCAAUACACUUCACAAAUAGAACCCAGAUUAACUCAAAAAACAUCCAUAAGCAGUGUAAAUAAGCCAUUGCCGUUGAACAGUUGUAAAUUGUGCAGUGCUUCACAUAAUCUGCAUAAUUGUGAAGAAUUCAAGUGUCUAAAUGUCAAACAAAGUCCUGAUUUCUUGAUAGAAAUGGAUGUGGAAGGACAGAAGCCAAAUAUGUCACCAGCAAGAUGGCUGUUAAUGCAUUUGGGAUCCAGAGGCAUUUGUGUAGCAGACCUAAUAUCCUGGUUUGAAGAAAUGAAUUUAGAAAAAGCCCUAUCCCUCUUGAAAAAGGAUGAGCCUUUACGGAUAGUUGAACAACCUGUUGAAAGAUUAUCUGUCUGUGAAGGUGCAGAAAUUGAAAUAACUGUUAAAGCAACUUCUUAUCCUCGUCCUGAAUAUCAGUGGUUUAAAGAUGACCAGGAGUUGCUACUUCAAUACAAACCAACGCUGUCCAUUCCAGAUGCAAAGUUAAUGCAUGGUGGUGUUUAUAAAUGUCAUGUUGCAAAAAAGGAUUCUAAAACAGGAGUGUAUGAAUGUCUUUGUUCUAAUCCAGUGGAAGUGGUGAUUGCUAAAAAAGAUAAUAUUCUAGCAGGAUCAAAAGAAUGGGACAGUUGUCUGAGAGCUCAAGAAAUUACUCAGAAUAAUUUUAAUUGCAUUCCUGAGGAGAAAGAUAAAACAAUUAAAAUAGUUCGACAACCAUACGUCCAUGGCAAGAUUGGUCAAGGAAUGUCCAUUUGCCUGCAUUGCGAGGCCGAGAGUUCAUAUCCAGUAAAAUACCAAUGGUUUAAGAAUGGGAUACCUCUAGAAGGUGAAACAUCAACCAAGUUAGAAUUGAAUUGUUUAUAUCCUGAUUCAGUUACUUCAGAUACUGAAUGGAAUUAUCAGUGUGUAGUAAAUAAUGAUUUUUGUCACAGUCUCUCCAAUCCAGUUACGGUUGAACUUGAUAAUGUUGAUGAAACUACUCCUUUUAUUGCUGAAGAUAAAAUAGCCUUUUUGAUUGCCAAUGAUACAUACCUCAACUUACCAGAACUGAAAAAACCAUCUCCUGAUGUUGUUGAUAUGGCUGAGCUGCUUUCUUCAAUGAAAUUCAAAAUUUUUGCUGUUAAAAAUCUUAGAUUAUUAGAAAUGAAAAAUGCUGUCCAUGUCUUUUGUAAAAUGUUAAGACCAAAAGUUUAUGCACUGUUUUUCUUUGCCGGACAUGGAUUUGAGGAAUUUGGUCAAACCUAUUUAUUACCCAUUGAUUGCAGUGAUAAGUAUCUGAAGGAGGAGGCUGUUUGUACAGAAUAUGUGUUGAAGUGUAUGCAAAAAGAGAACCCAGAAGUUAAUAUUUUGCUUAUUGAUUCUUGUAGAAUGUUAUCCCCACAAGCUAAAAAAAAAGAUUACAGUUUUUCAUUCAAAGAUAGACAAGUUGCAAAAAUGAAAGGAAAUACCAUUUAUGGCUAUUCAACUUCUGAUUUUUAUUCUUCUUAUGAAAGUGAUGUUGAAACAAAUGGUUAUUUUGUCAAGUACUUGAAACAGCAUUUAACCAAAAAUAGAAAGAUAGUGGAUAUUUUAAAUUUGGUGCUACAAGAUUUUAAGAAUGAACCCUUGAUAAAAAAGCAUCAGUAUCCACAGAUAAAAAGUAGUCUAGCAACUCCUAGGAAACUUUGUGAUCCGGUUGAAUGUGUUCAAAAACCCGUGCCCUUUGGAGAUAUUAUGUCUUGUCCUGCCUCAAAACGUAAGUUUUGUUUUUGUUUGUGA